GUAUAAAGUUGUUACCAUCAUCAUUGUAGUUGGAGAUUGGAAACGAGGCUGCGCCUGACAGGCCAGUUCCGUGUCAAAUGUCAAACUGCUCCGUUUGACUCUGGCUGUGACAGCAUUAACUUAUAUUAGCUCACCUGCGCGUGGGCAGACGCAAUGUAUGCACAAAAGGAGGAAGAAAACGUCCUGAGUUGUAACGAAGAAGACACCGCGUCCCGGUGAAGACCGUUGAAGGACAGUGCUGGACACUAAUAGGUUUGCUUUACUCCUAGCUGGUCCUUUUUUCUUUUUACAACCGCAUCAGCAGAGCACGAAGCCGAACCAGCCUGGUGAAGGGGAAAAUAAAGAAGGUCAGCAUGUCGAGUUCACUCAACUCUGUGUCUGAGCCACUAGUGUACAGCGUCAGGCGAGCAAGGGUUCGAGUCUCCUUCCACCAUGCGGUGCUCCUCUUCUGUUUGCUGUACGGAGGUUACGGAGGUAGCGGCCUGACGCUUCACGGACAGCAGGCGACAACCACUUGCCAGGAUCCUCUUUCUUACUGGGAUGAAGUCAACCCACUUAUUGUCACCGACGAGGAACGAGUCGUGUCAUGGGAAAAGGACAAAGACGGUUCAAACUCUUCUCUAUGCUUUGUAUAUUCUGACAGAAAUCUUGCAGAUAUACCCCUGCAACACGAGCCCAAACAGGUUCUCGUCUGUUCAGCUGACGACCUCCACGGUGUCAUUUCCAUGUGUCAUGACUUCAUGAAGAAUAAAAUCCACCUCUUACGACAGAAACGAUCAUUUAACAUAAUUUUUCCAGGAACGUUGUGGUGUGGUCCAGGCAAUGCUGCAACGGGAAAUAGAAAAAAACUUGGCUUCUAUGCUAAGACUGACUCGUGCUGCCGGGCACAUGACCACUGCUCCCCCUUCAUAAAGCCCUCCACGUAUGACAACGUCACGGGGCUCUAUAACGAAGCUCUGAUUUCUUUCAGGUUUCACUGUAAAUGCGACCACGCCUUCAAGUCUUGUCUCAGGCGGUCACCAGAGGGCGUUGCUGCCAUCGUCGGCGGCAUGUACUUCAACGUCUUUUCAAACAUGUGCUUCGACCUUUUACCUGACAGCGAGAAUCAGAGAGCUGAAGACCUAGGCUCUCUUGAUCCAUCCUACUCAUCGUCCUGGCAGUUUGUGUCCCCAGGACGGUUCUGAGUGGAACUGCACUAGUUCACUAGCGACAUCAUUGUACAUUAACCUAUUUCAGACUAGACAGGCAAGAAUAAAGUGUCUGCAGGAAUUUUUCUAGCAUC